AUGUCUUUCGAUCGCUUUGCGCAACCGGAAACCCACAUCCAGGAUGGUCUACCUUCUUCCACAUUCUUUGAAGAUGUUGACGGUACCACUGGAGUCCUUGUGGACGGGUCAGCCCCUCAGGUCCACCCAAACAAGAAGCGAAGGUCAUCGAAGAGCAAGGUCCCCGCCGAGAUCAGACGGUCAGCAUCGACACCUCACAUGCGCUCUCUUGGUCUGUCAGACGGAGUUCCAUUAUCACCAACGGACAAAAGACGGAACAAGCUUGGCUACCAUCGAACUUCUGUCGCUUGCGGUCAUUGCCGGAGGAGGAAGAUUAGAUGCUUGGUCGCAACCGAAGAUACCCAGGGGCGUUGCUCCAACUGUAUCCGGCUGAAGAAGGAGUGCAAUUUCUAUCCUGUUGAACAGCAACCACCAUCUGAAUCACGGGCGCAUCCCGCGAGCAAAGCGGAUCCGGGCUCCAGUAGACCAUCAGGAUCGACUCCAUCCUCUCCCGGUGUUCCGGCCAUCCAGGAACAUGAAAAUUUCACACCGUAUUCACAGCUAUCUCCUAUACCCUCGGCGCAGGUCGCUUCUCCCUAUUUGGACGGUGACACACUCACGCUUGUACAUUCGAACGAAGCCCCGGGCCUUCAGCAACAAACGGUACUCGGAUUCUCACACGGAUUACCCGAUGGUAUGUCAUGGCCGCCAGGCUACCAACAGCUUGAUGGAGAAACCCCCCAUUCAGACUCGUCUUCGUCUGCAUAUUGGAGAUCCGCAGAUCCGUCCAUAUCCUCAUCAUAUCACGGCAAAGCAGGCCCGAUAGACGGUUACCGAAGCACACCGGACAACAGCACAGGAUUCACCUAUGUCGGCCUGCAAAGAGGAGAGCACGGCGGUGGUCCCAUAAGGUCGAUGUCGUUCGGCCAUGUCGAAAGUAUGACACUAAACUUCUCCUACGAACACUCGGUCGUACAAUCCAAUUUCUCUGACCGGACCACACCAUAUAACUAUCCACCAGGCAGCGAAAUGCCGUCGAGCUCAGCAUCCCCAGGCCUGCACGCGGCUCCCGCACCCGCCGCAUACGGAUACUAUCAACCCUGGACCAGUCCGUAUGCGGCCCAGAACCACAUGGCUGAUGGCGCGGGACCGAACACGACGGUAUUUGGCGGUCAAUGGUACCAAGAGCCGGCGCCGUUGGGAAAGGUCGAGGAAGAGGGCGCAAUGCCCGCGUAUUACCCAGAUUCUUCGGCACCUUGA